GGCUAUGGGCGGUUGCGUGGGGAAGUAUUCCAUUCGUCAUUGAUCUGUUUGUGGCGCGUCGGUGCCGCGACAAGAAUGCGGUCGGUGCUUUGCCACUGGGAAACGGAAAACACCGCGGAACAUCGGAGUGAGCAAUUGCGCGGCUGAAACCAACGGAGUCGCUGAAGCUUCUGUGAUCACGUCAAAAUUUGUCAACGGGCAAAUACGCCGCCGCAAAGUAAAAUACAAACAUGGCCGUCAGAGAAGAGAAAAUAUGCACGCUCGCCGCCUCAUUUCUGGCGUUUCUGGUUGCCGUUUGUCGAGCCAGCGCUCCGAUGGACAUUAAAAUGGACGAGAAGGCCCACAGCAUUCACAGGGUUGAUACGGUGAACAUCCUGGUCUACACUUCUCUGCUCAUCCUCACGGUGUGCAUCAUUUGGCUGUUCAAGCGACGCCGUGCCCGGUUUCUCCAUGAAACUGGACUAGCGAUAUUGUUUGGUCUCAUAGUUGGAGCAAUAGUGCGAUAUGCAAGUGAGGAGACUGAAAUGUCACAUGUGCGUGUGGUGCCCGUUCAGGGCAGCAAUUACAGCGAUGCCGUCCCACCAGACAAUGUGUUUGUGAUGUUGGAGGUCGCCAAGAGCGACAUAGGGCACAAGGAGAACAAGACCUAUGCGUACACCUUCCAAGGCGAGGUCACCGAUGUCGAGAGCAAAAAACUGAACCAGAAAGCGACCUUUGAUCCAGAGAUAUUUUUCAACAUUAUCCUACCACCCAUUAUAUUUAAUGCUGGGUACAGCUUGAAGAGGAAAUUCUUCUUCAGGAACUUAGGCACAAUAAUGACCUAUGCCUUUGUAGGAACAACAAUAUCCUGCUUUGUUGUUGGGGUGAUCAUGUAUGCAUUCCUAAUGUUCAUGCCACAUUUGGACUUCACUUUCAACAACUGUCUCUAUUUUGGUGCCAUCAUCUCGGCUACUGACCCAGUGACAGUAUUGGCCAUUUUCCAUGACCUUCAUGUUGAUGUGAACCUCUACGCUCUAGUUUUUGGGGAGAGCAUUCUAAAUGAUGCUGUAGCCAUUGGCUUAGUUUCAGCAAUUUCUAGCUAUGAAGAGAACAAUAACGAAGGAAAGGAGUUUGAAGUGGCUGCAGCAUUUAAGGCAUUUGGGAAUUUUGUCUACAUUUUCCUCUGCUCAUUCAUGAUUGGCUCAGUGACUGGAUGUGUCACAGCACUCAUCACCAAGUUCACAAAGCUGUGCGAUUUCCCACUACUGGAGAGUUGCCUCUUCGUACUAAUGUCCUACACUUCUUUCCUCAUUGCUGAAGCGCUUGACCUUACAGGUAUUGUGGCUGUACUGUUUUGUGGAAUCUGCCAGGCCCACUAUACGUACAACAACCUAUCAGUAGAAUCUCGGUUGCGGACAAAACAGCUCUUUGAAUUACUAAAUUUUCUAGCAGAAAAUUUUAUAUUCAGCUACAUUGGUGUCUCCAUGUUCACAUACAAGAAACACAGAUGGGAUGCCGGCUUCAUCAUGGUUGCCUUCCUAGCAAUAGCAGCUGGGAGAGCACUGUACAUCUACCCACUGACAUUCCUGCUGAACCUGGGGAGAACGCACAAGAUCCCUGGCUCUUUUCAGCAUGUGCUUUUCUUUUCAGGUUUGCGGGGUGCAAUGGCAUUUGCACUGGCCAUUCGAAACACUCUCUCUGAACAGAGGCACUUGAUGCUCACAGCCACCUCGCUCAUAGCCAUUGUGACGGUGAUAGUCUGCGGUGGCUUCACUACACAGCUCCUGGCAUGGCUGAGCAUACCGGUGGGAAUCGAAGAGGAGCAUGAAAUGCUUCAGUUCACUGGUAUCAGGCCUGGUUAUCAGGCAACUCAAAAUGGGGUGGCUGGCCAGGUGCAAACACCACCAGAAUUGCAGAGCCCACCACCACAGCCAGAAUCAAGGACUCCCUAUGAAAAGGCUUGGCUAGUGCGCAAGUGGUACAACUUUGACGUCAAAUUCAUGAAGCCCCUGCUGACGCACAGCCGUCCGACGCUGCUGGACACGCUGCCCCAGUGCUGCCUGCCCUUGGCCCAUGUGCUCACCUCCACGGAGCAGCUGAUGCAGGAGGACAUUCGGCCCCGAGACGACGACUCAGACACAGACCUGUGCCUGGACGAGAGCGACUUUCACUUGCCCGAACGCAACAGCGCCUCCUUUCGGGGAUCCCUGUCCCGGGUAAACUCAGCUCUUGCUCCCCAAGUGUUUGUCAUUGAGAAACAACCCUCACAGCAGCCUGUCCCAGCUGAAGCCCGCAGGGCCAACCUUCCCACAGCUCCCCAGUUUUUCUCAUCUCUGUCACUCGGGUCUCUGUGAUAGAAAAAUGUCUUGAUGUGAUGCUUCGUGCUGAUGCCCUAUCCCCUCCACAAAGCACACCGUGUGUUGUACCAGUCAACAUUGCAGGUCUUGGUGCAUCCGCAGGCGUAGAAGUUCCUGCUGCAAAGUUUUCGCAGCUCUUAGAAUAGACUGUAUGCUUAGUCAUGUGUUUGCUUGCCUUCCCCGACAGCAGCUCUGCUUUCAGCCAGUGCUGUUGCAACUAAAUCACUGUGUUGCUGUUGGCCCCUUUUACAUUCUGGCUUGUGGUCUUGUUGCUUCGAGCACUUUUUUUUUUUCUGAUCUCUUUUUGCCUUCCCUCUGAGACAUGCGACCAUGUUUCUUGAUUAAAUGUUCAAAGUGUAGCUACUUGUUAGAAAUCAGCAAACAAGCUCUAUUUUGGCUUUGUAGAGACUGUUUACCUAGACACAACGAAAGAAAACCUUAUUCACCUGGUAAUUUAGAAUCUUCACAACAGUAUUAAAGUGCAGCUGAAUUUGCAUUACUAUCUAAAUGAUAGUUGCUAUAGUGAGCUUUUGCACACUGUGAUUUAGAGGAUGUAGUUUCCACUGAUGACGAGGUUGUUCAGCUGAUAGUCCCUUCCUGUCCUUUUAUGAAGCUGUGAUAAUUAUUGCAUACCUAAUUUUUUUAUUGCAUUGUAAGCACAUCUUGUUUAAGGAAGCAAAGCUGCAUUCUUCACUCAAAUGAUAGGUUGUGGACUCAGGUUCAGAUAAAAGUGGUAAUUUUUAAUUGUGCCUGAGUGGAGUUAUCUAAACAGUUGAACUAUUCCUCCUUGUUAGAGCAUCUGAACUUGUGCAAAAACGUGUUUGAGGUAGUGAUGUGAUAAAAUUAGGGGUAUUAUCAAUAUAUAGCACAUCAGUUUCAACUGAUGUGCUAUAUAUUGCAGCCUUCUCUAGCGUUCACUAAGUACAACCAGCACAAAAUGAGGCAGAUACGGUUUAGUCUACCUUGUAUCAGUAUGUGCCAUUUAGCAUUACCUCAUGGCGCAUUCAAUAUCAGCUAUCCUUUUAUGUGUGACAUCUACAGAACAUCUAAAGUACAACAAUAGAUUUCAGAGGUGCAAUGCACAUUAACUGCGUAAGCACAAUAUUUCAACCUGGGAUGUUAAUUCUGCAGCCAUAGAAAGACACGUGUUGUCAGGCACAAGAUGUUUCUCCUUAUUAUGUCCAAACUUGUUUGAAAAUGCUGUGGUCGUUGAGUGAAUGUGAAUUCUAUGAAUUUGUGUACCUUGAGGUAGGUGACUAAGAUUGUAUGUACUGAGCCUGAAGCUUGCUUUUGAAAUGCUUGAAGCAAGUCUUAACUGGCUUGACCUUGGCAGUAUUUGCAUUUUUGUAUCUAGGUCUCAAUCAACUGUUGUUGGUGCCUUGAAGUGUGCGUGCUUUUGUCUAUUUUUCAUAUCACAGCAAUAAAGCCUUGAUAUUUUCUUUCAAUAGUGAGCACAAGUGGGCAGGGAACACUGCAACUGCGGGAGGGUAGUCAGUGAACAUAACUGGUCAAACCUGGCUGUAACCAUAUGAAUGACCUUUGUUAGCAUGCUAGAAUAGUUAAGCUGAGGAUUUUUGUUAGGCUAGCACAAGCAAACAAUACAUGUGAAGAACUAGGACAUUUAUGACGGUGCACACUGUUUUUGGAACAAAGUCACAUGGCGGCCAUGCAUCAAAUCUUUGAUGUUUUGUGGUGUUGCUUGAGAGGUUGAUGGUAGCACAACAGACACACAUGCGAUAGAUUGUUGGGAAACGGGGCAGCGCUUGAGUUUUUCUCUUUCAUUGGCUGCAGUUGGGACUGCUAACUUGCUUAGCAAUGCAGUUCGGCCGUAAUUUCCCCGCAUUCUUCCCUCAGAUGUUUUCAUUUGUUGAACAUGGUGUGACUGGCACAGGUCAUGGUACAUCUGUGUUGCUGUUUUGAUCGAGCAUGCCAUUGACCCACGCAACCUGAAUAGGAAAGUUAAGCUCUGGGCUCAGUCGAUUUGUAUAAAUGAGGAAAGCAGGGAUCGUUAUAGAAGAGAACUGAAAAGUAGUGUGGAUAAACCUAGAUGUUAAUGAUUAUUUAAAGCAGUUUUCUUAAUAUGUUUCUUUUAAUCUAGAACAGCGUACCAAGGGACACUGACAGAAGGUGGCUCACUUAGUGCUAUGUGUGUCCUCUUUGUGCACCAUCUUCUGUUCCUUUCUCUUGUUGUGCUCUUUUAAAUUCAAGAUGUUCAACCAGCGAGCCCAAAUUCCAAUGUUUUCAAGUAAUACUUUUUUGCCCUCAUUAAAAAAAAGUGAAUAUUUCAAAUUUUAAGAGAAUAUAUAAAUGCCACGUCUAUACGUAGCAUGAUAAGAACAGAUAUUUAAGGUACUAUAUCAAAUAAACUUGUUUCAGUGUUCCAGGUAGAACGAAAUUCCAAUUUUAAAUUACAAUGUUCUUGGGGCAUUAGUCGAGCGUCUGUUUUGCAGAAAUGGCAAUCAUGGAGCCUUUGAAAGUGUUCUCGCUCUUUAUAAAAUAUUCAUUCUUAUUAUUGAGCUACUGAGUCGCAAGAGCAAAUCUCAAUACAUGGAAAGCAGAUUUUCAGCAGUUUUUUAAUGAAAUUUGGCAGCUAGGUCAAAACAUUGCUUCUGUCGGACAAUUUUUUUUUUCUAUACAAUGGAUUUUAUGCAAGUUAGUUUUUGGAUACUGCAGCUAAUUUUUUGUCCAUUCCAGUGUACUUUAAGGACUUCUGAGCGUAGAAUGUUCAUUGUGGUUGCAUUAGUAGUCAUGCUAGAACCUGAUUUGUAUCUCAUUUUGUGCUGUUUGUACUGUGAUGAGACUUAGGGAUGAGCAUAGCCUUAGGGAGCAUAUUCUUUAAGCAGUAAAUACAUUUUAGUCCUGUUUUAAGCAGUUUAGAGGGAAAACCUACAAUCCAAGGAAAGCAACUUGGGACAUAAGGAAAGCUAUUUAGAACUCCACCGAACAAUAAACAGAAGUAAAGAUUUUGUUCUCCUACAACUGAAGGUCAUUUGGAUUCUGCUGCUGAAAGUUGAAAAGUAUCCAUUGUAAAUCAGCACAAGUAAUCUGUACAUGAGCAGCGGAAUAGUUUUCUUCUUUGGUUGCAGCUUUAUUUGAAUGCGCCAAUAACAGUGCCAAGAUGCAGGUGACAACCCCACUCAGCUUGCCCCAAAAAAUGCGGUGAUACCUCGUGCAUAGCGUACGAUGUGUGCACUGCAUAUCCCUGGAGAUCCACAUCACCUUUGUGAUGUAGAUUCACCUUUCUAGCUUCAUGCCACAUUCGGGUGGAUGACAAUUUUUCCCUUUCAUGAUACUUCUUCCACCUUGCAGGAUUCCACAGAACUAAUUUUGCCGUAUUCUGUGUCCUUGUGCUUUGAGUUGUCGAUUAAUUCACCCUUGCGCUGCGAUCUGCUAGCCUCCUGGUUAUCCCAGAUGGUAGAGCAACUGCCCCGGAAAGGCGUUGGUCCCAGAUUCAAAUCCCGGACCAGGACGAAUUUUUCCUCAACUGCAAAGCAUUAUUUUUCAGAAACCCAUAUGGGUUUCCUUUGUAGCUUCGUGCUACAUUCGGGUGAAUUGACAAUUUUUACCUUUCAUGGUACUUCCUCCACCUUGUGGAAUUCCACAGAACUAAUUUGCCAAAUUCAAACACAAAUUAAGACUUAUGCUAAUUAAUUAUAUUUUAUUUCAGUGUUCCUUAAGCAAAAGGGCCUCUUCGUCGCUGUCAUUUUCCCUUGAAGACACCUCAUAACCAACAUCCAAGUCCUUUGACUCAUUCAUUAGAAAUUCUACUGCAUCGUUCAUAAAAAUUGUGGCCUUUUUGCUUUGGUCUGCUGUGUUGGAAAACAGGAGGUGUAAGCAACGCUGACAUUCGAUAAACUUUGUUACGCCAUCUGUCGUAUAAAAGCAAAAUAUACUAUAAAAUUUUAGUUUUAACCAAAUUCUGAGUAGAUGGUGCAAUGUAUGUUUCAUGGCCAUGAAUUAUCUCGGGUACGGCCAGAGGUGUGCAUCGGCAGCCAGGCACAGCACUUAACACCACAAAGCCCAACGUAUUAUUUCUGAUAUGCUGAAUUUGAUGCCUUAAAACCGAUUUAAGCGCCGGAAACUCAAUGUAGAGCCCAUGCUGGCAAUUUUAAUAUGCUGGAGGUAGUUUUCAGUUGUGGAUACAGCGAAUCAGUUACUAAUUAAUGAACUACACCACUAAUUAGUUCUUACAUAAUUAUCAUUUCACUGUUUCUUUCGUACCAAUAUUCCCUUCAUGGCCAGAAAUAAAUGUGAACAAGUUGUUUUAACUUUCUUUGAUUUGAAAUGCUGUUGUUUGUUUAAAGACUUAAAAGUGCCCAUAGACCUCUGUUGGUGAUAGUAUUUCUGGCCCUCUAAUGCACUAUCUUCUUUUGUGCUCUGCCCUCGAGCAAACUAGAAAGCAUUUGUUGAUGGAUCAGCAUCUGUGCUUGGUAUUAGUGCGAGUGUAUCUCGUUGCCGUCGUGCUUCUUUUAGUGUUCAGAUUCCUAUAAAAUUGCUCUGCAGCAACCCUCCUCGUUCUUGCCCGCGUCUCAGUACUUCUGGUACCUGGUACAUAUCUCAUGUGCCACAAGCUAUCACAGUGGGCUCUACACUGUCAUCUGACAUGAAAGCCACAAUCGUUGGGUUUGUUUGAACACUUCUGUGGAGCUUGUUCGCUUGCUGGUAGGGAAAUGAAAAAGAAAGUAAAAAUGCCAAAGUAUGGUUGCUCAUGAGUGGUUAAGUAUUAUGAGCAGUGCAUGUGCUGCACCAGGUUUGCAUAAAUGCAUUUGUAAGGAUGAAAAAAGAGUGACAGCACAGGGAAGCAAGAAAACAACGAAGUCAGCAGGAUGCUUUGCAGCGCCCCAAUAGUGUCUCACUUUAUGGAUAACUUGCUCUAAUGACUAGUUGUUCUUUACUGACCUUGCAAGUUAACAAUUUCUGAAAUGAGAAUUCUACAGUAUGGAUUGGUAAGCUUGGGUGUUUAUUCCAUAUUGCAGGUCAGAAUGUAUCUUCUGAUUGACUCUUACAUUUUCCUUUUGACCUUAUUUUCCUGUUUGCGCUGUUGUGUACACCUAAUGUGUGCAUCCCUUUGCAGUCAAACCUUUUUUUAUGUGCAGGGAUGUUAAUCAUUCCAAAGAGACGAACAUGAUUAGGUGUCCAUGUUGUAAAUGUUAGAUUCGUCCCCUUUGUUCACGUUACGGGCCCCAAAAGUCUUGAAACCUGGUCAUGAAUAUGACCUUUUGAUGUGUACAAUCACCUUUAUUUAUUUGACCUGCAUUUUCUUGAGUACCUUUUAUUCUAGUCUUCUGUUUCUUGUCUUUUUUUUUCUUGGAUGUCGUUGCAUGAUAUCGUGAAAAAUGAUUUUGACUGUAGAAGCAGUGUAAAGCCCAUACCUCAGUGUGUAUUCAUGCUGUCCUUUGAAUGCUCACACAACUUUUUUGUCGCAAGCGUGCCAGCAUUUUAUUUGCGUGCGGCGAUAUUUUCAUUUGCUUUUACUAGCUUAAUACUCAAACUUUGCAAAAUGACAAAGUAACAAUGAUACUUGCGAGAUAUUUUAUAUUGCAAAGAGGGAAAUUACUUUUUGCAAUAGAUUCUCUUUUGCAUUCUCUGUGCCGCUUAAGACAGCUGAUACAUCUAAUUUUUGCAUUCUAUUGAGUGUACUACAUGGUAAGAGGAUUUGUGUUGCAUGCUGGGAUCACAUGGUUAGAAAUAUCUUUUUCUGCUGUGUAAUGUACCAACUCUUCCUUGCACUUUUGAUUAUUACUUUUUAGUGUGUGCGUGUCUUUCAUACUGCAGAUGGUUUCUUGGAAUGCAUGCCUGCUGUAGGAAGUUUUACUCCAUCUCUAUGUUCAGAUACAGUUGAGCUCACUUAUAAUGGUUCUCAAUGCUUAUCAUGAUCUGAAUUUUUAUAACUGCUAAUAGUAAUCAUGUUUGAACUGAUAAUUAAGUUAGAUCAUGGUUCCUCCUCAAUUCUUAUCAUUUUAUCAUUGAUUAGGACGCUGCAAGUUGCAUAUUCGUCUAGGCUUUACUGUAUUUUUGGUGUCACAUAGGUAAGCAUUCAUCUUGGCAAGGAAAUCUAGAAACAUUGAUUUCCUCGAGAAGUGAUUCCAUUAUUGAAAAAAAAAAACAGCUUGCAUUAAUCACGUUUAAAGACCAACAGUUUGUCACAUCUUCAGCUUACUUUCGGAAUUUAGCUCAUUAAGAACAGAUGUGUAAAAUGAGCUAAUCUUCUGUUGUGAUCGGAUUCACUAUAAAUGGGCUAGGCUGUACAUAGACUGCUUCGCUGUAAUCCAUCCCCAGCAGGAAUGCAUUUUUCUAGGUGGCAGUGAUGUUGAUGCCACACUAUUGCUUUUUCAUUU